UGUAAGGUGAGACCAAAAACGAAAACGGGGUUUUCUUGGUUUUGUAACUUUUGUUCUUUCAUUAUAUUUUGCCGUUAGCGAAGUCUACUAUGGACCCUUUGAAGCAGAGCAUUAUGGUUAAUCAGUUCAUGAUGGUGACUGGAGCGAAUGAAAGUGAAGCCCAAAAGAGUUUGAAAACUUGUAACUGGCAAUUAGAGAGCGCUCUCAGCAUGUUUUUUCAAGGCCAAAUGUUACCAGCCUCGAACAUUCGUCCGCAGAUGGACCCGAUGUUCGCUCCAGCCAAUACUCCGGCAACCCCGCCGAAUUUUUCCGAUGCCUUGUUGUCUUUUGCUAAGAUGAGUACUACAUCGGGAACCCCUAACACAAAUCAGAAUAUGCACCAGUCACGGGAGUCUUCCAAUCCGACCAAUUCUCCUUUCUUUUCGUCUAAACCGAACUUUGACAGCGGUCGAUAGCAGGAUUUACACAGCGACGUAUCAAACAAGUGCUCUGUUGGUUGCAUGACAAACUAACCAGCCUCUUCCGUGAAAUUGAGAUGUGUGUAACCAAAGAGUCGCACCAAAGUGCCCAAAACCCAUUCUGCAAAAUGUAAUGGAUGCGCGUCCUAAUUGCAAUUCAUUUUCGAUUCUGUGGCCCACCUUUGGAAGUCAGCCAAAUUCACUCUGUUUUCUGUUGUUGUUAUUGUUUUCCAGUAUUACCUCUUCUGCUGGUUUCUCAUGAAACAAUCAGACGCCAUCCCCUUCAGCAAUCCUGAUGAUUAUGAUCUUAUCCGGAUGUACCGACAACAAUCUUUUUUCAGUUAACCAUAGCGCAUGCUCGCACUGCGUCAGAGAAUGUUAAUGUUUGCUUAUUCGGUUUGUAGUGAUUUUAUUUGUUACAGGUCUUUGCAAGCUCGCGAACUUAUCCCCUUUAUGGUGUCUGCCUUGGUCGAAUAGUUUUUCUCGGGAUAGAAUUGGUUUCUGGGUUUGUUUCCUGUUCGCGCUAAGAGUGCGAAAAUCAGGCAAUAAAU